UUUGCAAUUCCAAUGGCUCUGCCCGUGAUCAGAACCACGCGUGGUGUAGUGAAACCAGCAGAGCAGAAGCCAUCAAUUACACUGGACCUAUCAGCCAUCGAUAGAUUACCUGUUCUAAGGUGCAAUGCUCGAACCUUGCACGUGUUCAGAUAUGGCCCUGACGCGUCGUUGGUCAUCAGAAAGGCCUUGUCCAGGGCAUUAGUUUCUUACUACCCUCUUGCAGGAAGACUCAUUCAGUCUGAACACGGUCCCCUCCAAAUUGAAUGCUCCGGUGAAGGCGUGUGGUUCGUUGAGGCGUCGGCUUCUUGCACUCUUGCCUCAGUCAAUUACUUCGACGAUGUUGAAUCUAUCCCCUACGAUGAUCUUCUUCCCGACCCUGAGACUGAAGACGUCGAACCCCUCGUGAAAAUGCAGGUGACGCAUUUUCGUUGCGGGGGAUUUGUGAUAGGCCUAAUAUUCUGCCAUAGCGUAUGUGAUGGUCUCGGUGCUGCGCAAUUUUUGAAAGCCAUUGGUGAGGUAGCUAGAGGUCUUGAAAAACCAAGCAUUGCCCCAUUGUGGCACAGGGACUUCUUUCCAUCAACACCUGAUGAAGAAACCGUAGCUGCAUUGCCAAAACUACCACCUGGUCCACCGCCAAUGCCAGAGUACGAGCUAGAACAUGCUAAUAUGGACAUACCCAUAGAUCACGUUCACCGGCUUAAGCAAGAAUUUCAGGAAAUAACAGGACAGAAUUGCUCUGCCUUCCAGAUUGUAGCGGCAGGGUUUUGGAUCAGCCGAACGAGAGCCAUAAAUUUCAGUCCGAAUACCCAGGUGAAGUUGGUCUUCUUUGCGAACUGUCGUCAGCUCUUGAACCCGCCUUUGCCUGAAGGCUUCUACGGGAAUUGCUUCUUCCCUGUGACAAUUACUAUUCCGUCUGAGUCGCUGACACAGAGAUCCAUUAUCGAAGUGAUUAAGUUGAUUCAAGAAGCCAAGGCCAGGCUUCCCGCGGAGUUCGGUAAAUACUUGAAGGGUGAGCAUCGGAAAGAUGGGGAAGACCCAUUUGCUCCGCCUCUGACGUACACUACUCUGUUCAUAUCGGAGUGGGGACGGCUGGGAUUCAACGAAGUGGACUACCAGUGGGGGCCACCAGUGCACGUGGUGCCCAUACAAGGCUCCAGCAUCAUCCCAGUAGGCAUUGUGGGGUCACUGCCCCUGCCAAGGAAAGGGAUUCGUUUGAUGACGUGGUGCGUGGAGGAGGCACAUCGUGGUCCCUUCCUCGAUCAGAUAUCGUCUUGGACAAACUGAAUCGAAAGUCGUCUGGGCACCGCCUUCUUCCCUUCUGGAAAUCCCAGUCACAUCAAUUCAUCCUCCGAAUAAACUGGCAGUAUAAAAAUGCAGGAGUCCAUGUUAUGUUCAGAUCGAAAUAAAUCGCAGGGUCGGUUGACCUAUAGAAUUAUGGUAUCUGCUCCUGUUUCUUCAUUCUCUCUCCUUGCAAAUUUACAUUGUCUGGUCUAUAAAUGUACAGAACGACAUAAAUUUGCCGUUGGGAAUAAAUCAUUAU